AGGCUAAGACCAGCAGUUACACCUGCACACGCUUGACUUUUAAGGGUGGUGUUCUCCUCUGUCCUCCCAAUGGGUGACCGAGACCAAUAACGAAGGAGGAGAAUGGGACAGCAGGUCUGUGACGGGAGCCGAGGCAGGGGAAGGCGCAGGAAGGUUCAUGAGACAGAUGCUGAGGCGCGCGCUCACGGCUGCGGGAGCAGCCCGAUCUGGAUCGGCAGCAGACCCUUAGGCCAGCUUCUGUGUUACGAUCUCGACUGUGAACGCUGCAGCCAGGCUGUCAGGGAGAGGCAGCAGCGGCUCCUUGCCAGGCAGGCCAGAGCCUCCUGCUAUCCACGCUCCUCUUCCUCUUCGGACGCCAGCGACUCCAGCCAGCACAGGGCCCCGGCCAGAUCAUUCCACCCAGCCAAGCUAACAUCCGUCAGAUCCUGGUGGCAGCCAGUGUUGCGGAACAGAAAGCGGAGGAGACCCUUUCCCCAGCGUGCAGCGAUGCCCCAGACAGCACUGAAAAUCUAUGGGGCAACCACACUUCCCUGCGAUGCUGGGCCUCUCAGACAGGCCGAGGAGCUUGCCAAGAUGGCUCCCAGGCACCACGAGGCUGGCUUGCCUCUCACCACAGGCUCUGACGCAGCUGACAAGGACGGCAACCUGCCUGCUGGUGUGGAUCCUCGUCCCAUGACAAGGCUGGAGCCAGGACUGGGCUUCUGGAAGCUGCUGCGGAUGCACACCCUGAGGAAGUCCAUAGAGAUGAAGCUGGGAGCCCUCCCCACCAUGGUGCAGCAAUCCCACAGGAGGUACACAUACAGGAUGGCACGCUGCACAGCUCCCACGCCGCUGCACUUCCGUCCUGCCCCCUCCUACUUCUGCUCAGCGGAGGCCCUGUUCCUGCCUGAGGACGUGCGGGAGUUCCUGGAGAUGCACAUCCGUGAGAAGAAGCUGCGCCACCAAUGGGGCUUGCCUGCAGGGUCGCUGGGAGGACCCCAGGCACUGCCAUCAGUCCCCUAA